CGCCAGCAGCAGCCGCGAAGACGGCAUUCAGCGCAAUGGACGAGUCCAACAUCCUCCGACGCCGCGGGCUCCAGAAGGAGCUGAGCCUGCCUCGCCGUGGGAAAACCUGUCGAAGGAGCAACCGGAAAAGUUUGGUGGUGGGGACCCCGUCGCCCACCCUUUCCCGCCCCCUCUCCCCGCUCUCGGUGACGACAGCCAGCAGCAGCAGCCCCCUCGACAGCCCCCGCAACUUCUCCUCCGGCACGUCGGCCAGCUUCCCCUUUGCCCGCAGCCAUGCUCCUCGGACCGACAGGGCUGACGGCCGAAGGUGGUCUCUGGCCUCCUUGCCCUCCUCUGGCUAUGGCACCAACACCCCCAGUUCCACCGUCUCGUCCUCCUCCUCCUCUUCCCAGGAACGCCUCCACCAACUCCCUUACCAGCCCACGCCCGACGAACUCCAUUUCCUCUCCAAGCACUUCCGCAGCACCGAGAGUGUGGCGGGGGAGGACGGGCGGCGAUCACCCUACUUCCGACCGCGGUCCCGGAGCCUGAGCCCCGGCAGGACGAGCGGGACGUUCGACAACGAGAUUGUGAUGAUGAACCACGUUUACAAGGAGAGGUUCCCAAAGGCCACGGCGCAGAUGGAGGAGCGCCUGGCGGAGACGAUCGCCAACUUAUCGCCCAGCAACACUUUGCCCCUUGCCGACGGCGUCCUGGGCUUCAUCCACCACCAGAUCAUCGAGCUGGCACGCGACUGCCUCUCAAAGUCGCGGGGGGCUCUCGUCACCUCGCGCUACUUCGCUGAGCUGCAGGAGAAGCUGGAGAAGAUGCUCCGAGACGCCCAAGAGCGCUCCGAGAGCGAAGAGCUGCGCUUUGUGGAACAGCUGGUCCGGAAAUUCCUGAUCAUCAUCUCCCGGCCGGCUCGGCUCCUGGAAUGCCUGGAAUUCGACCCGGAAGAGUUCUACCACCUCUUGGAAGCCGCCGAGGGGCACGCCAAAGUCGGCCAGGGGAUCAAGACCGAUAUUCCCAGAUACAUCAUCAGCCAGCUGGGCCUCGCCAAAGACCCCCUGGAGGAAAUUGUUCAUCUCGAUCAGGUAGACUGCGGCUCCCUGGCGGGAUCGGAGAAGCCGGGCGACUUCUCCGAGUGCCGCCCUCCUUCCUCCGUUCCUCGGAGGAACCCGUGCGAGAGCGAUUUCGAAACCAUCAAGCUGAUCAGCAACGGAGCAUACGGGGCUGUCUACCUGGUGCGCCACAAGGAGACCCGCCAGCGCUUUGCCAUCAAGAAAAUCAACAAGCAGAACCUCGUCCUCCGCAACCAGAUCCAGCAGGUCUUUGUCGAGCGGGAUAUCCUCACCUUCGCCGAAAACCCCUUCGUGGUCAGCAUGUUCUGCUCCUUCGAGACCCGCCGCCACCUCUGCAUGGUCAUGGAGUACGUCGAAGGUGGGGACUGCGCCACCCUCCUGAAAAACAUGGGUCCCCUUCCGGUGGACAUGACGAGAAUGUAUUUUGCCGAGACCGUCCUGGCGUUGGAAUACCUGCACAAUUACGGCAUCGUCCAUCGUGACCUCAAGCCGGACAACCUCCUCAUCACCUCCAUGGGGCACAUCAAACUGACCGAUUUCGGCCUCUCCAAGAUCGGGCUCAUGAACAUGGCCACCAACUUGUACGAGGGCCACAUCGAAAAGGACACCCGGGAAUUUGUCGACAAGCAGGUGUGUGGGACCCCCGAGUACAUUGCCCCAGAAGUGAUCCUGAACCAGGGCUACGGGAAACCGGUGGACUGGUGGGCCAUGGGCAUCAUCCUGUACGAAUUCCUGGUGGGCUGCGUCCCUUUCUUCGGCGACACCCCAGAAGAGCUGUUUGGGCAGGUGAUCAGCGACGAAAUUAUUUGGCCCGAGGGGGACGAGGCUCUGCCGACCGACGCGCAGGACCUGAUCACCCAGCUCUUGAAGCACUGCCCGUUGGAACGCCUGGGCACAGGAGGGGCGCACGAGGUGAAGCAGAACCCCUUCUUCCGCAACCUGGACUGGAACGGGCUCUUGCGGCAGAAGGCCGAGUUCAUCCCGCAGCUGGAAGCCGAGGACGACACCAGCUAUUUCGACACUCGCUCGGAGCGCUACCGCCACCUGGGGUCCGAAGACGACGAGACCAACGACGAGGAGUCGUCCCUGGAGAUCCGGCAGUUCUCCUCCUGCUCUCACCGGUUCAGCAAGGUGUACAGCAGCUCCGAACACUUGGCCAACGCCUCCCUGGGCGCCUCGCCGUCUCCGGAGCAAACCCGCGCCGAGAAGGACGACCGUGGGGAGCGUUGGGACGAGGAGAAGGGCCGGCUGCCGGGCCCCGAGACCAGGCUCCGCGCCUGGACCUCCUGCGGUUCGACGGCCCUCUCCUUCUUCCACCAGGAGGGCGGCGCCCGCGGGGGGCCCCCCACCUUGAGCAGCACCUGCAGCCUGGAGGCCAUGCCGAAGUUCGCCUUCUCCUCCGAGGACGAGAGCCCCUGCCGGGCGCCCCCCAAGAGGGAGCGCCCCGUCUUCGUGGUGGGGGGGGACCCCGAGGGGGCAGCGGGCGCCAGGGCCCCAGGGAAAGCCUCUGCGCUGGCAGCUGACCUGUCCAGCUUGAGCCACAUCCGUCUGCGAAGCAACAGCACGGGCACCAAGAACUCCCCGCCACUGGAUGGCGAGGCCGGGGGGCGCCGGGUGGGCAGCCACAAGGACCUGCCCGGGAAGCAGCGGACCCCCUCGGGGGGCAGCAGGGUGCCCAAGUCGGCCUCCGUCUCCGCCCUCUCGCUCAUCAUCGGGGCAGAUGACUUUGGGGGCGCCGCCCUGGUGAGCCCCAUCUCUCCUCGCUCCCUCUCCUCCAACCCCUCUUCCCGAGACUCGUCCCCGAGCCGCGACCCACUCCUGGGGGUCUCGGGCCUGCGCCCCCCCAUCGUCAUCCACAGCUCGGGCAAGAAGUACGGCUUCACCCUGCGCGCCAUCCGCGUCUACAUGGGCGACAGCGACGUCUACGCCGUGCAUCACAUGGUCUGGAGCGUUGAGGAUGGCAGCCCCGCUCAGGAGGCGGGCCUGCGAGCCGGAGACCUCAUCACGCACGUCAACGGAGAGUCGGUCCUGGGUCUGGUCCACAUGGACGUGGUUGAGCUUCUGCUGAAGAGCGGGAACAAAGUGGCGCUGAGGACCACGGCCCUGGAAAACACGAGCAUCAAGGUCGGCCCCGCUCGGAAAAACAGCUCCAAGACCCGGAUGGCGAGGAGGAGCAAGAAAAGCCGCCGGAGGGAGAGUCAGGACAGGCGGAAAUCGCUCUUCAAGAAGAUCUCCAAGCAGACGUCCGCCCUGCACACCAGCCGCAGCUUCUCUUCGGGGCUCCAUCACUCUCUCUCGUCCGGCGACAGCCUGCCGGGGUCGCCGACGCACAGCCUCUCGCCGGGACCCGCCACCCCCUGCCGCAGCCCCGCCCCGGACGCCCCGCCAGAUCCCGCCUCCCCGCAGACCACCUCUCCCUCGCCCAGCACGCCGCCCUCUCCGGCCGGCCACAUCCGCCCCAGCUCCCUCCACGGCCUGGCGCCCAAACUGGGCGCCGCCGGGCGCUACAAAGUCGGCCGCCGCAAGUCCACCAGCAGCAUCCCGCCUUCGCCCCUGGCCUGCGCCGCCCCGCCCUCCCCGCAGAGGCCCCCCUCGCCGCUGCCCCCCUCCAAAGCGGGCAAGGCGCUCUCUCCGUCCGCCGGCGCCCGGCCCCACGCCCCCGAGGGCGCCCGCUCUCCGCUGCUCCAGAGGGUCCAGUCGGCCGAGAAGAUCCCCGACAAGAAGCUUCCGGGCAGGCAGAAGGCGCCGGCGCCCGGUGGCGAGGCGUGCGCUGGAGAUCCCGGCGCCCGGCGCCCCCUUGCCCGCCCCGACCGGGACCCCGAGGUGGUGGUGAUGCGCCACCUCAACCUCUGCGAGCGCCGGGACUCCUUCAAGAAGCAGGAGGCUGUCCAGGAGGUCAGCUUCGACGAGCCCGACUCGGAGGGUGCCCCGUGGCGCCCGGCCGUGCCCCACAUCGCGGUGCAGGGGGACCCCGAGUGGGAAUGCCAGGGGUCCUACCCGGCCCGGCUGGAAGCCCGAGUCUACAUCGAGCAGGAAGACGGCACCACGGCGGUGGAGUUUGCCAGCGUCUCGCCCCCGGGCCGCAGGACAAGCCCCCCCAGGAGGCGGUUGUGGGGCACACUGGGCGGCCAGGAGAGGCCCCCGGGCACCGCUGAAACCUGGCUGCCCCCCGUGGACCAGGAAGAGGACUCUGCGCCCGGACGGAGGGGCAGCGCGGAAGACCAGUGA